AGGGAUUUGUCAAAUAAUGAACUUGGAAACCUACCGCCAUACAUAUUUAAGAACAUUACAGCUGUGAAAUUUCUGUAUGUGAGAUUUUCUUUGAGUUAAGAGAAAUUAAAAACUAUCUUUAAGAAUUACUUUGCAAUGACAACAAGAAGUGAGUAAAUCAGCUUCUUAGUUCAUGAAAAUUUACAUUUCUUUUUUUUUUUACCCUGUCUUGUAGAGUUUUUUUACUUAAAUACUAAAGCAACCCAAAUAAUUUUGUAAAAAUGGUCAAAAGACUACUUACGACUUUCAAAUUUAAACUCAGCUUUAAACAACAGACCAACAGCAGAGGUUUCUAGUAAUAAAAUUCAAAGUUUCUCUGAUCUGAGAGAAUUAAGAAUACAUGUUGAUCUCAGGUUUUUUUUUCCGUUGUUUUUUAUUCUGUUUAAUGUUUAAAUAUAAAAACCGAGAGCUAGUUCACCGGUGGUAAUUUUCCUGCAGUAAAUUAAGAAGACAACAGUAGAUUUAGGGAUAUCACUUCAAAGCUACAUAUUUGUAUUUCAGGCUAACAUUUUCAUGACACUUUCUUCAGGAAAAUGGACUACAACAAAAUUGAGAGGCUUCAUGAAGAUCAGUUCCAGGGCUUAGAGGAGUUGUUCGAUUUGUAAGUACAUUUAGAUUUAAGACGUUAAUUCUUCAUUGUGAUCUGUCGCAAUCUAAAACAUAUUUUAGAACCAGCCAAUUCAUCUGCUUUAUAAAAACAAACUAAGCCAGUGAAUACAAAUUGACAUGUAACGGUCUACAAAUUAACCACAUUUAUGUCGAGAGGUAAUACCAAAAGAAGUGCAUGAUAAUUGUGUAUUGGCAAGGUUUUUUUUUUUAACGUUUUAACGAUAAGCGGCUUAAAUGCACUGAUGAGAUGUCUGUUUAUAUUGGCACUCGCAUUAGAUGGGUAAACUCGAUUUCUAUAACUUUCUAUAACUAGAGCCGAAAUGAUAAAGCAAACUUGAAAGGAUAACAGCUAUUUGUAAUAAAGAAAAAAAUGGCUUUAAUUUAGCUGAGACAAAGAUACUGGCUAUAAAUACUGCAAGGGUUUGGAUUACAACGGCCGUGUGAUUAAUCUUCUAAGGGAUUUAACCUGGUAUCCUGAGUUCUAAUAUGGCCUUUGAAUAUACUUCGAUGAUGGUAGCACAGAUAUUAGUUAGAAUAUAAAAUCAGGAGCCAUAAUAGGGAACACCCCCUUAGUAAAUAUGGUUAGUAUCUUCUGUAAGUAUUAGCUUCUAUAAAAAAUGAAUCACGGUAUUUUUCAUCAGAUCUAUAUAACUGUGAUAUAAUUUUGAUAUCGGUUCGGUUUUUUAAGUUAGAUGUGCCAUGCCUAGUUAUGCCAUGUUACUCGUGUAUUAGUUUAAAAUUAUCUUUACCUGUAUAAGAUACCUCUCGGAGAACAGAAUCGAGGCUUUGCCUGACAAGAUUUUCAAAGGCGUCAAGAACCUCAAGGCUCUGUGAGUACCGUUGAUUACACACAAAAAAUUCUCUAGAAUUUUUUAGAAGAUGAAAAUGUACGUAACAGAAAGAUUCAAAGUAUGGAAUUCUUAUUUGAAAUAUUCACAUGAUCUCCAACAGGCGUGGUUUAAAUUGUAAUGCUCAACAAUGUAAUUUUAUUACUUUCUAUUUUCUUGACGAAAGAAAGGUGGUGUUAAACAUGGUGUUAUUAUGCAAAAGCAGAUAUUAUCAAAAAAACAAACAAACACAGUUGAGAACUAUGAAAAUUCCGACGGCAUCUUCAGGUUAAAUUUUUAAGAAUCAGACAAUGCAGGUCCCUGUUUACCAUCUGCUCAUUAAUAGUUAUGUUAUUAACCUUUUACAGAAAUAUCUUCGGCAAUAAGAUACAAAAUGUGACUAGCACGACUUUCAGUCAUGCCCAGGAACUGCGAUUUUUGUAAGUUCACCGUAAAUGGCAAUUAUUUAUCAUGGUACUUACAAUAAAGCCGCAUGUAUUGCAAUCGAAUAAGACCCAGCUUGAAGUUAAUUUAGAGUAUUAAGGUUGGUAUUCUUUUAAAUUUGUCGCAGUCAAAAGAAAGGCUUGUAGCUAGUUAUUUGGGAAAAUGAGAUAUGCAAUUUAUUAUAUGCUAAUUAAAUUUUCACCUUCUAUUUUAAACUUUCAGAUUCUUGCAUUACAACCUGAUGGCUGAGCUCCCCAAAGGCUUUUUUGGGCUUUUGCCGCACAUUAUCAGAGUGUAAUACUCCAUUAUAAUAAUUUAUCUCAAUGGUUUUAAUAGGAGAUUUGGGGCGAGUGUUGUCUGAGUUGCCUUUAAAGUAGAAAUCUUUGUCAAAUUGUGAUAUGGGUGAUGCAACCAUUUUAAUAAUUUUGUUUCCUUCAGUCUGUUUAGUUCAGUUGAUCAAUAAAUUUACAUUCAUGCCAACAUCUUCUAUCAAUUCCAAUACUGAAAUGAUAUGAAGCCACAUUUAGUUAUUAUACAAAAUUGCCAAAGGCAUGCUUCGUGAGACUUUUUAAUUGCUACUAAUUUAUGAAAAAAAUGCUUACCAAUCAUCUUUGCCUCAGCAUAGAUCACUUAUUUCCCGAUUGUUUUCGAUAAUCUUUAUUAUUUUUCUCUCAUUGUUUUAACGAUGAACCCUUUCUAAUUUCCCCUUCUUUUUCUAAUUCCAGAACUCUGGACACCAACCUGAUGUGCUGCCACCUUGAUCUUUUCAGGCAGGAUGCCGAUUGCGAAUUUGCCUUCAAUGAUAACUUCGCAAGCUGUCACUCCAUGUUCCGCAACCUUGCUCCAAGGAGAAGUCUUUGGGUUGUCGGCCUUCUUUCGUUGUUUGGGUCUGUGUUUGUAGUUGGGUGGCAGUAUUUCUUCCCUGAUAACAAUAUGGUCCAGUCCAUUAUGUUGGUAAAUCUGGGUAUUUCAGACGGCAUCAUGGGUAUUUACCUCAUCAUUAUAGGUAUAAAAGACCUGCAAUGGUCAGGGGAAUACUACCUGCACGACUAUGAGUGGCGCACCGGUUGGUUUUGCCAUUUCAAUGGCGCCAUGUCUGUCCUUUCAAGCGAGGUGUCUGUUAUGAUGAUUUCUCUGAUUGCAUGGGACAGGCUCAAGAACAUUGUGUUUCCUUACACGUUUGCAAAAAUUACACCGAGGCAGACCCGUAUUAUGUGUGUAGUUAUCUGGCUUGUGGGAGGCAUCAUGGCAUUCCUUCCGUUGUCUGGAAUGCGAUAUUUUGGUGACUGGUAUUAUGGCAAGAACGUGGUGUGCCUGCCACUGCAACUUUCCCCGCAAUUACAAGAAGGCUGGGAAUUCUCCACUUCCAUCUUUAUCGUUUUAAAUUUUUCUCUUUUCCUAUUUAUUACGGUUGCUUAUGUUGCCAUCUUGUUGAAAUCAUGGUCGUCAAGCAGACGGCUGGGUGCGCAUGGAACUGUUCGUGAAAUACGAGCAAGAGCACAAAGCGCACAGGCCAAAAGAGAAAGAGCACUUGCCAAAAGAGUCUUCUUCAUUAUUCUGACCGAUUUCUUGUGUUGGAUACCAAUCAUUGCUAUCGGCAUUAAGUCGCACGUCGAGAAAACGUUUGAUCCACCUGGUGAUCUGGCAGUGUGGAUUGCAGUGUUCGCCUUGCCGAUCAAUUCAGCUAUCAACCCACUGCUGUAUACCCUUUCUACUCCACAGGUACCAUUUUUCUCUUGCUUUUGAAUGGAACAUUCUUUCAUUUGUUGUUUUAAGAGACAUCUUUGCGAGAUAAUUAUCUGAAUCAAACACCCGUGGUCCCAACGGUUUUUUUUAAUUAGAAAUUUUCCUAAUGUCAAUCAAAGACAGUCUCUCUCAUUUCCUUAUGACAGAAAAAAAAAAUAACCCAAAAGGAGAAAAAAUGGGCAUGGAAAAAAAUAUGAACGAUCGCAAAGUUGUUUGUUUGUUUCUACGCUGUUGGUUAUAACCAUGGAGACCAACUUGAAUUUAAAAGCGGUUUGAUCUAUAUUCCGACAUACUUUAUUAACUAAAUUUCUACUGUAUAGGUUCAAGCUGUUUUGAAAGCAAAAUUGAGGAAGGUGUGGUCCAAUGUUCGAUCGAUUUUCAGCAGUGGACAAAAUCAAGAAGGCACGGUGCUAUAUUCCAUUUAUACAUAUCAUAAUCAGACCUUGAAAGGGGGUAUAGGUGUGAGUAGAGAAUAGGACAAUGCACUUCAGAAAAUUAUUUGAAUUAUUAUUGGAAUUAUCAUUAUUACUUCAAAAAAUUAUUAAGGGGCAACCACGCAAUUAAAAAACAAUAAAUCGUUGAGCUUCGGUCUUCAAUUUCAAGGGAAAGAAACAAUCUGACUGGUAGAAGGACUUUUUGAAAUCAAUAUGUGGACGAGAUAGUUUGGUGUGUUAUACUCCACCACCGACGCAGCGCCACAGUUUCUUCAGAAACUUACCCCGCCCCCCCCCCCUCCUCCUUAAAAUAUUUGGAUAGGCCUAACAGUAGUUUAUUCUCCGUUUGGAGAGGACCAAAUAAGAUAUGUUACUGCUAUUUUAUUACUUAGAAGGAGUAAAUAAUCAGCAGGGACAGAUCGGAAAUGGACAUGAACACGCUGACAACGAAGAGGGUAAAUAUAGUGAUUCCCAAUGUGUAUAUUCUCUUUGCCUCGUUAUGGUUUUGUGUGUAAUACCUUUCUUUCGUUUCUUCUCUUCCCUUCUUAAUCCCAUCUUUUGUUUGUUUUUGUGUCUGCAUUAUCUUCCCCAUAGGAGAACAGAUUGAAAUGCAAGUAAUAGAACACAACGAAGAACCAGAAGCGGAAGCCCCUGAAUUGCCUGCUCCGCAACCGGGUCAGUAUUCCAUAUGUAUGCUUAUUUCUUUAAAAAAAAUCAUUUCAAAACUAGCCAAUUAGAAAACUAGGGAAUCAAACGGUAAAUCUUUGAGGUUAAUAGGUCGACUCAGAACUCGCAUUCAUUACUUAUGUGUUUAAAUGUAUAAUGUUUUGAUGUUAAUGUUAAUGUGUGAUUGACUUUCUGAUUUCAACUGUAAUCAAGUAAUCCACUGAAGUGGGUGAGCUCUUUCAAAUUGAAAUACCUAUGAUGAAACAUACUAUUCUUUUCUAUUUUGAUACGUUCUACGUGUGAAUUUUGGUUAGGGAAAGAUUAAGGAAAUGUUUCAUCAUAUGACAUAAAUGUGAUUGGUUUUGUCACCUUUGGUUAAUAAUUGCAAAAAAAAUCCUUUGGUUUUUCACAAGUUACAUACAACAAUUCUUUUUUUUUUCGACGACCCAGUUUCUGAACUUCCCCUUUGAGAUCCCCAUCCCUUUAAAUUAGAAACCUGCACAGGUGUCAUGUGCAACCAAGGUAAUAUCGUUAUCAAUAUGGCACAGAUCUAAUAAAUGAAUGAUACGUAUUGAAAAGAUCAUUCAAUGUUUUACCUUUUUGCUUUUAUUAUCUGAUAAAUAACUCUAACAUAACGAUUUGAACCAUCAACAGCAAUGGAACAAGCCUGUGGUGGGGAUGAGACUCCAUCUUCCUCAGGUAUAAUGUCUUCUAACUUGAAUUAAAAUUUACUGCCUAUUAUUAUAAUUAUUAUUAUUAUUAUCAUCAUUAUAAUUAUUAUUAUUAUCAUUAUUUCAGUUGAUGUUGUUGUUCUUCCUCUUGAAACUUCAUUCAUGAAAAAAUAUGAAAUUAAGUCGUAGACAGCCGCUUCAUUCACAAUAUCAGUACUGAAGCUAUGACUUCAACCGCUUUUUACAACUGUUCCUAAAAAUCGCCAACUACUUUGCAAGAAAUAAAGUAGUAGGAAUGAAUAAAAGAACUUGAAAGUAUUCGAUCAAAUCAACUGUCUUUUGCAAAAGUAUGACUUCAACAGACUAUCUCAUGCGCACAAACUCGCAGAUGUAAAACAAUGCGAGCUGUAUGACAAGUUUAACCAAGUUUUAACUCAACUGAGUAAUCUAUCGUGCUAGAAGUUGUUAAGUUUAUGCGCAUUCAAUGCGGAAACUAAGCUGUACAGUAAACUUUAUCGAAAGUAUUUUGUUUGUUUAUUUGUUUUUUUUUAAGAUUUCGUAUCUGAAUUACGUCAUACGAAUAUUAUUUUCUGUAAAAUUCAUUUGAAGAAUAAACGAACCACAAAAGUUAUGACAUGUUUCACUCUACUUGUUGUUUGAAACAGAUUAUGAGGAUGAUUUUGAUAUCAGAUCAGCCACUAAAAAUACUGUGGAAGGUAAAGAACUUUUUGUAGGAAACUAUAUUAUUAGUGCUGGCUGUUACCACCAGUUUAUAAAAAAAGACUCCAAGUUUCUCCUAUGAAGGAAUUUAUAAGAGAAGCCUUCCCUACCUACUGAAAGUAACGAGUCAUUGCAAAUUCAAAACAAAAAAAAAGAUUUUUAACUUUGGAUUGAUAGUCUCGUGGACACUAGGUGUGAAAGGAAAUUGUGCAAAAUUAGAAGUAUUUAUGUCUUUAACGCACUCAACAUGAGGCGUUGUACAUUUUGGUGGGAAGACUCUUGCGUAAUACCUGGUUAAUAACAUCAAUAGAUAAUUAUUAGCAGCAAGCUAACCUCUAAGAAAAAAAAAUGAAAUGGGACGGAGAUUCGAACGCAAAAAGCGAAUUUCUAAUUUCCCACGCUAAAGUAUAGUAGGUAGUUGUGUGAGUAAAAAAAAGUUGAGGUUCGCACAUUUUGCUUGAAACUGUUUUAAUCCUCUUUGGCGGAAUAGAGGGAAGGGAGUAGUUCUAUUCAUGUUUGAAUGUAGUUAGACUCAAAUAAGAUUUGUUUUCAACGCUGGACCCUCUCCCAAACAAUUUGCAACUUAUUUAAAAGAAGGAUAUUCUUUAUUGCAGUUGCUGUUCAUCAUGGUGAACGCCAGCAUCGACGAAAAAGUAAAAAAGAAGGUAUAUGUUGAACUCCUUUUGUAACUAGGAUGGUCUACUCUUUGACGGAAGGCUCUAAUGUUGAUAAGUGUCUAUUUUUAUGAAACCAUUAUUUCACAUUGAAUUUAUGAAAGAUCCGACUACAGGAGAGACUAGAAGUGACUGAAGUUUAAGGUGCUUACAGGAACCUUUUUUAUAUCUGGAGGCUCGCCGUUGAUGUAACUCGUGGCUCUAGAUACAAGCAUUUAAAUAUAUAUGGCAAUUGUCGUACACAUUGGUUUCGGUGGACACAUAACGUUACUUUGGUCAAUGUCAAGAUAUUUUCAAUUUUAAGUUGUUAAAAAAACGUUUGACUGAAAUAGAGUACCAGCUUAGUCUCAACAUUUUUUUCGCUUUCUGAGUCGAAAUUCGGAAUAUUUUUAAGUUGAGGGGCAUCUGCAUUGAGGUCUUUUGUGCGCAUUCUUUUAGUACCUGAAGCAACGGGAAUAACAGUUAUCUGGCAAAUUGGUGGCAAUUGAACAAAGGCUUUAAGAAGUGGCAAAAUUGUACCGUCGACUAUUUCAACGCUACCGAAUUUUCCGCUUAUGUCCUCUCUCUGGUGAUCCUCCCACAAUUUCGAUCACUGUCGAUUCGUUAUUUUCAAUUAUUCAAAUGAAUGUCAUUCGUUGACUACAAAUUUUUUGUACUAUGUACAAGUUUCUGCAGGCCAAGGAGGAGAGACAAAGCCUGAGACUAAAGAGCUAGCUGAGGAAGGUAAAUAGAAUGAUUUUUUUCUUGAACUGUACUUUGUGCGACAUAAGUUUCCUUUAUUUCCGCAUAUAGUGGAAGUCACCUUUUCUUGAACUUAUCUGCCAUCUGGGCCAAUUUCCUGGCUUACUCACAAAGUGACAGUGAGGACAAGUCUAUUGCUUUAUAUACGUCAGUCUUAAGGUCCUUAUACUUCAUCUUAAUUAAUAACUUUGCUAUUACACAGCUGAAAAAUCUGUGGAGCAGGUGGAGAGUGAAGAGAUUCCAAGGGCAAGUGACAAAGGUAAAGGAGAGGGUAGCUUUAAUUGGUCACUCAGGAGGUUAAGCAGGUUAUUGAAACAUAUCUUUCACCUUAGUAGUCGCUGAAAAACAGAAACAGAAAAAAUAUUUUAUGAAAUGCUUCAGUAAAAACAAGAUUGAAUGGCUGAGUACUAAUGCACCUUUUAUCAAACACAUUGUCUUCUGGAGAAGACGGAAGAGGGCACCAGCUUUGCCUCGUUCAUUUUCGGCUCUCUGCGUCCAUCGAGUUAAAUUUCAAGGGUAUUUACGUGUAGGCGUUGUAUACGCACUUAUUCAGUAUCUGAAGCAACAGAGACAAAAGUGAUUGAUGAAUUGGUGGCAAACGUUGACCUUCUUCAAUUGCAGUACUUCAAAUGAACAUCAUUUAAUAGGUACAAUAUGUUCUAAUUCAAUUUCUUCAGAAGGAGAAAAAAAGCUUGACACAGAAGAGCUAACUAAGGAAGGUAAAUACAACGAUUCAUAUUUUUUAAGAACUAUACAUUAUUUACCAUUACUUUCACCUAAUUAUUUUUGCAUACUAUGCAAGCUUUAUAAUUAUUAUCAUAAUUAUUAUCAUUUAUGUAUUUUUUGUAAGUUAAAAGCUAACUGGGCCAAUUUACUGAUUUAAUAGAAGGGCCAUGGGCCGAGUUUACCAUCUAGACAACUUUAUAUAUUUAUGUACUUUACCUCAUUCGAAUAAAUAACUUUGCUAUCACACAGCUGGCAAAUCUGAGGAGAAAGUGGAGAGUGAAGAAAUUCCAAUAACUAGUGAUGAAGGUAAAGGAGAG